AUGAAAAGGACUCAGUUGAAAGGUUUUGAUGCAAGUGAUAAACCCCCAGAAAUUAAGAGCUCAGGGGAAAAAAUAUCAGGCCAUGCUGUUGAGAACUGGUGCCUUUUGAGAAAUCUUCCAUUCUUUCUACACGCUGUUGUUCAGGAGCCAGAAGAUCAGUCCUGGCAGCUGAUACUGCGCCUUAGAGAGAUCGUUCAGUUUGUUUGCUCCCAAAGAGUCUCACGUGGGCAAGUCUUGUCUCUUCAGUCUUUGAUUGAUGAGUAUUUGCUGGAUAGAAAAGAAGCAUUUCCUUUGGUCAAACUUAGACCAAAACACCACUACCUGCGACACUAUCCUGAGCUGAUCCUGAAGUGUGGUCCAUUGAUCAGAGCAUGGACCCUGAGGUUUGAAAGCAAGCAUUCUUACUUAAAAUCUCAUGCUCACCACUGUGCUAAUUUUAUCAAUAUUACCAAAUCAUUAGCUGAAAAACAUCAGCUUCUGCAAGCUUUUUGUAGACAUGGCCAGUAUUUCAGUAUUGGCAUUUCGGCUGAAAUAUCUAUUCCAUUCUAUUCCCAUCUGUAUGCUCUUUCUUUGAAUUCUGCUGUGGAGAAAUGUGGGGUGCAUAUUGGUGGUGAUGUUCACAUCUCUGACUCAGUUGAUAUUGAUGGCAUUCAUUAUUGCAAAGGGGAGUAUAUCAUUAUCAAUCAGACUGGUGUGGAUCGAUUCCAUCUCAGCUUUGGUCUCAUUCAAUCAUUCAUAUUGGGCAGUGACGAUUCUGGUAUGUGCCAUUUUCUUGUCUCGGUCAUAAGAAGCAGUUACGACCCUGCACUUGGGUUGUAUGAGUUACUUGAAGUAUCAGGUCAUGGAGCACCUGAAUCCAACUUGAAAUGCCUUGACAGACGGCAACUUUUAGAUACCCAGCCUCUCCAUGCCUACACUAUUCAUCACAGAAAGUGCAUUGCCCUGAAGCAUUCCAUCUGUUUCAUUGAUGAAGAACAUUGA